AUGAGAGGCCUCCUGCUGAUUACCAUUCUCCUCCUGCCGGUGGUGUGCUCCAUGUAUUCCGAGAACUCCGACUGUGUGGUCAAAAGACAGCAGGAGAGAUGUAUGGAGAGGAUCGCCCUGCACAACCUAACACACUACCUGGAUAAUGGCUGUCCGUGGAUGUGGGACGACCUGGCUUGUUGGCAGGAUGCAGCCGUAGGUGAAGUGGUAUCAGUCAGAUGUCCUGAAGUCUUUCAUGACCUCCUGAGUCCCGACGAUGAGAUUGGUUGGAUCAGUAGGAACUGUACAGCAGAGGGCUGGUCAGAAACAUUUCCUCACUACGUUGACGCCUGUCUGUCAGACGAUAACACCACCAGACCGGACAUGAACUAUGCGUCUGUGAAAGCUCUGUACACAGCAGGAUACAGCACCUCCUUGGUCUCUCUCACCACCGCCAUGACUAUACUCUGCAGGUUCAGGAAGCUCCACUGUACCAGGAACUAUAUCCAUAUGAACCUGUUCGUCUCCUUCAUGCUGAGAGCUAUCUCUGUGUUCAUCAAGGACGGGGUUCUGUACACCCAGGAGGAAGAAAACCACUGCUUCAGACACACCGUGGAGUGUAAAGCAGUCAUGGUAUUAUUCCACUACUGUGUGAUGUCCAACUACUUCUGGCUGUUCAUCGAAGGCCUGUACCUCUUCACCCUGCUGGUCCAAACCUUCUUCCCAGAGAGGCGGUACUUCUACUGGUACACCGUGGUAGGCUGGGGUACUCCCACCAUUUGUGUAACUGUCUGGGCUGCUCUGAGGCUUCACUUUGACGACACAAGUUGCUGGGAUACCAACAACACCACUGCCCUCUGGUGGGUGAUCAAGGGACCUACAGUCGUCUCCAUCAUGAUCAACUUUGUCCUGUUUGUUGGGAUCAUAGUCAUUCUGGUCCAGAAGCUGCAGUCGCCUGACAUCAGAGGGAAUGAGUCCAGUAUCUACCUCAGCUGUGCUCAGAAAUGCUUCAGUGAGCCCACUCAGGCUGUACAACAUUCCUGCAGGAUGUCAGAGCUAUCAGUCAUCACACUGCGUCUGGCUCGGUCCACCCUUUUACUCAUCCCCCUCUUCGGGAUCCACUACACUGUGUUUGCCUUCUCACCAGAGGACGUCAGCAAGAAGGAGAGGCUGGUGUUUGAGCUAGGCCUGGGAUCUUUCCAGGGUUUUGUUGUGGCUGUCCUCUACUGUUUCCUCAAUGGAGAGGUGCAGUCUGAGAUCAAGAGGAAGUGGCGUAGCUGGAGGGUGAACCGGUACUUUACCGUGGAUCUGAAGCAUCAGCAGCGCCACCCAUCCCUGGUCAGCAGCGGUGUCAACGGGGGAACACAGCUCUCCAUGCUCAGUUCCAAGAGCUCCUCCGCCUUACAGAUACGCAUGGUGGGCCCCCUGGCCGAGACACCGUCCACACUCAACCUGCCCACCUGA